AUGUCUUCGUCUGCCAUGAUUAUCAAUAGGCCUGAAGUCCACAGUGACCUGCCUACCCAGCAAUCAGUCGCCAUCCUCCCAAACCAGAUUCCUCUUGAGAAUCUUCCACCAGAACUGGUCGUCAACGUCAUGAUGAAAAUAAAUUCCUUCCAAGACCUUAGAAGACUCAUUCGCAUUUCUCCAGUAUCUCGCGAGCUAUUCAAGCAUUACAAAACAACCCUUCGUAACCAGGUCGCGAAAAAUCUCUUAGGGGAAUCUUAUCAAGCAAUCACAACAGUCCUGACAUACAUGAACUCUUCCUGUCAACUUGUACGCAAUGGAGCUGAUUACGCCGCUUCCGAAGCUCUAGUCUGCAAAGAUUUUAUCUUCCGUACAACCCAUAUCGGCCGAGCUGAGACUCUACUACGCACUUUUGAGAUGAGUCUCGCGAAAUAUAAAUCGAUCGACUUCGAACUUCUCAAGGACCAUAGCAUCCCGGAAGAAAACAAGGAAAUUCCUCCCCCGUCUUUCACACAGGAAAAUCCAUUCUCUAAGGAUCUCUUCUUCCGUACCGUCCGAAGGUUUGAGCAGCAUCGGUUUGAAAACAUCAAUACCUACAUCGAGACCCUACCAAGCAAGGAAGACGAACUAGAUAUGUAUUGGAUCUCGCGAGUUCUAUGUCUUACCCUUGAACCGUGGCAAUUCGGACUCUUUAUAGGGUCAUGGGGCCACAGUCUCGAGAGUGAGAACUUCGAGGAACUUAAAGGACGUCCGGGGCUAUCAGCUAAGUUCGAGGACACAUUCUUGGACAAUGUUGAAGAAUUGAGUGAACAGGACGCGGAUGACCAGGCGACUGCAUUUUACGCCGACUACGAUCUGGGAGGGGGCAAGGGUCACAUGGCGAUGAUGAUUACAAAGUAUAAGAUGAACAGAUCUGCUUUCGGACAGGAUUGA